AUGGCAGCCCGAAUAAGAUAUAUGGCCCAAUUGGGCUCCCAUAUGCGAUGCUACAGCUCGACGCCUUCGCGAGCGGCGGCUGAGGUGAAGCGUUUGGGCGUCAUUGGUGCAGGACAGAUGGGUCUCGGAAUUGCACUGGUGGCGGCGCAAAAGGCCGGUCUGCCGGUGACGCUGGUGGACGCAUCGCAAGCAUCGCUAGACAAGGGUCUGGCCUUUGCGGACAAGCUGCUGGCCAAGGACGUGGCCAAGUCGCGAAUCAGCCAGACGGAUGCAGACGCGGCGCGGGCGCGGCUGACGUCGACCACGUCGUACGACGGGCUGGCGGACGUGGACUUCGUGAUCGAGGCGGUCCCGGAGAGCUUGGAGCUCAAGACGGCCAUCUUCCGGCAGCUGGCAGCGGUGUGUGCUGCGCACACGAUCUUGGCUACGAACACGAGCUCGAUCUCGAUUACGCGGAUUGCAGCGGCAGCAGGCAGCGUCUCAACCGAGGCCAGCACGCGCGUGGUGGCGACGCACUUUAUGAACCCGGUGCCGGUGCAGCGCGGUGUCGAGAUCAUCAGCGGGCUGCAGACCAGCAGCGAGACGCUGGCGACGGCCGUUGCGCUCUGUCGGGCGAUGGGAAAGGUUCCGUCGACGUCGGCUGAUGCACCCGGAUUCCUGGCCAACCGCAUUCUGAUGCCGUACAUCAACGAAGCCAUCAUUUGCCUCGAGACCGGCGUCGGCGACCGCGACAGCAUCGACGACAUCAUGAAGAACGGCACCAACGUUCCCAUGGGCCCACUGCAGCUGGCCGACUUCAUUGGCCUUGAUACCUGCCUCGCCAUCAUGCGCGUGCUGCACGUCGAGACUGGCGACUCCAAGUAUCGCCCCAGCGUGCUGCUCAGCAAGAUGGUCGACGCCGGCUGGCUGGGCAAGAAGACCGGCAAGGGCUUCUACGACUACUAG